AUGUGCCCCCGUCACCACCACCCCAGUCAUCACUGCCUCCCAAGAGGACGACACAUCACGAAAGAAAUGCAGGGGAACUCAAGCCCACACGGACUUCUUCACAACCUACUGGCGCCCUACCCCACCCGGGGUGGAAUGCAGACCCCUGGCUUUGCUGCCCUCGGUGGGAUGCAGACCCCUGGCUUUGCCGCCCAGGGUGGGAUGCAGACCCCUGGCUCUGCCACCUGGGGUGGAAUGCAGACCCCUGGCUUUGCUGCCCUCGGUGGGAUGCAGACCCCUGGCUUUGCCGCCCAGGGUGGGAUGCAGACCCCUGGCUCUGCCACCCGGGGUGGAAUGCAGACCCCUGGCUUUGCUGCCCUCGGUGGGAUGCAGACCCCUGGCUUUGCCGCCCAGGGUGGAAUGCAGACCCCUGGCUUUGCUGCUCUCGGUGGGAUGCAGACCCCUGGCUUUGCCACCCAGGGUGGAAUGCAGACACCUGGCUUUGCUGCCCUCGGUGGGAUGCAGACCCCUGGCUUUGCCGCCCGGGAUGGAAUGCAGACCCCUGGCUCUGCCACCCGGGGUGGAAUGCAGACCCCUGGCUUUGCUGCCCUCGGUGGGAUGCAGACCCCUGGCUUUGCCGCCCAGGGUGGAAUGCAGACCCCUGGCUUUGCUGCUCUCGGUGGGAUGCAGACCCCUGGCUUUGCCACCCAGGGUGGAAUGCAGACCCCUGGCUUUGCUGCCCUCGGUGGGAUGCAGACCCCUGGCUUUGCUGCCCUCGGUGGGAUGCAGACCCCUGGCUCUGCCACCCGGGGUGGAAUGCAGACCCCUGGCUUUGCUGCCCUCGGUGGGAUGCAGACCCCUGGCUUUGCCGCCCGCGGUGGGAUGCAGACCCCUGGCUUUGCCGCCCACGGUGCGAUGCAAAACCCUGGCUUUGCCGCCCGCGGUGGGAUGCAGACCCCUGGCUUUGCCGCCCACGGUGCGAUGCAAAACCCUGGCUUUGCCGCCCGCGGUGGGAUGCAGACCCCUGGCUUUGCCGCGCGGGGUGGGAUGCAGAUCCCUGGCUUUGCCGCCUGGGGUGGGAUGCAGACCCCUGGCUUUGCCGCGCGGGGUGGGAUGCAGACACUUGGCUUACCGCCUGGAGUGAGGCAAUUGUAA